UGGAGCAGCCAAUGAGCAUCGCGGAUUUCUCGAGUUAUACAAAAUGGCGAGCUAUGGGCAGGUGCGUGAAUCGGCCGUGGUCGUCUAGCUUCCCCCAGCACUUAAUUCUCAGAGUUCGUUAGUGCAGGAAGUAUGAACGCGUACCUGCCGCGUGGGUGCUCUGAUGCUUUCGACAUUGCUGAGUUUUUUGGUCCUGGUUCUGGGGCUGAUGCUUUUUCAUAAGUGGAACCCCUUCUUGGGCAGUGUAGUAUGCAGCAUUUUUGCCUUCUACGGAGUGAAAAAGCUCCUGCGAACAAAGCUCGACACCAUCAUCAGCAAGUUCCGUGAACUCGGGUCUGCAAGAUGUCGGCUGCCGAGCGACGCUUUCAUUUUCGACGUGUCCAACAACGUCGUCCAGCUACUCUGCAGUGUCGUCGGGAGGCGCAGCGAACUCGGAGGCGUCGACGCCGAGCUCAGCGAUAGUUGUCUGGUGCAGUCGGCCAGAAACCGGGGCUCCGACGUCAGCCAGGGCUCGCCGGCGGACUUCAUGAACGCCGAAGUGAAGACCUUCGUAGACAACAUCAAGACGCGGUACGUCGACUCGUGGUAUAGGGACGUGAGCGGGGACCAGGAAUUUCCGAGGGAACUCGAGUACAUCAUUGAAGACGUGUUGCGCGCGUUGUACGACAGGUUGGCCGUGGCAGACCCGUGCGAGCUUCUUCAGCGAGUGAUACCCGUGGCCCACGCGCAUUUUCGCAAGUGCAAAGAGUAUCUGGCAACGAAACGCGGGCAAGGCGACGUAGGUGGGGACGGUCAUCGGUCCCGCUCAGCGCCAAGACUAAAGAGGCACUUGGAGUUCAGCCACAGCGCUUUGGGCGACGAAGCUUCAGAGAGGUGCUACUUAAAAAGUGUGAUGACAUUACUAGUGAGACUCCUGGAGCCGCCGCACCUGCUCUCUAGUCCGGCGACAAAUACACUUGUGAUAGACAUACUUGCCAGUAAUAUUUUAGUGCCCAUCGUGGACUUGUUGUGCGACCCCGAGUGGCUCAACUGGGCCGUGCUGUACCUGUGUUCGCUAGAAGACGAUGUGGAGAUUCUCGCAAUGGCCGCUGACUUUUCCACUGAGCAAAGCCAAGAUGCAGCCCAAGCGACAAGUACUAGCACAAGCAACCCUUUGCAGGAAAACACCUCCACGAACACCGAGCCUCGUGACCGACCUGUCGCAAACAUUCCGGAGGGUGGUGCGAACUCUGAUCCAAUGUCUUCCAAUGCUGCCUGGGAGCAACUUGUCGUCUCGGGAGAUUCCGAAAGCAUUCCACUUUCUCCAACUUUCGCACCCAAAAAAGGAAGUGAAUGCCUGAAGCUGCCAGAUGUCUAUUUUAGCACACAGGACGAUUCGGCCAGCAUUUACGGCGGCAACGAUAUCGAGGAAGCAAUGGAGGCAGAGGAAUUCCUUGGUUCCCUAGUGUUUCUCGACAUCCGAAUUUCUCGGACCGAAUCGAGGUCUGUGCCCGGGAAAGGCGUGCACACUGUCUACUGUAUAGAGUAUGACACCUGCAAGAGGAAGGAGGACAGUACCGUGUCCGUGUCCGAGGUGCACACCACCUGGAGGAGGUUCAAGGAGUUCCUCGAGCUGCAAGGGAGCUUGGAGAAGAACUCUGCCCUGGAAAAGCAUCUAAAAGGGAUUCGUGGGCCGAGUCGGUGGCUGGGAAGCGUCCUCUCUGACAAGAAGAACGUCCAGGAGCGACGCAUAUUCCUGCAGCAGUACCUCAAGGGCCUGUGCACACGAGAGGCCAUUGUGAACAGCCAGGAGUUUCACAGGUUCCUCGACUUCCAAGAGGAGGGAGAAGAACGCCGGCCCCUUGAGGGAAUGAAGUCUGUCCCUUCUUCGGGGCGCCUGGAUCGCGUGUUUGCCCAGGGAGUGAAGAACACGCUGGAGCUGAUCAAAACAGCACUACCUGGAGACGACCACGGGGGCCUGAGCCCAUCAUCUCCGUCAGAGAGCAACCUAGUGCUCUUCACGGACUACCUCCCAAACGACAUUGAGUGCUCCUUCUGGGAGAACGAGAUGUCGCAAGUGUUGCAGCAAGGCAUGUUCAAUUUCCUGGACAACUUUGACCAGGCGUCCUCUCCUGAGUUCUCCCCUCCGCUGACACCGAGCUGUCUUCACGCAACGAGAGAGACGUCGUCCACUUUGGUGUCACGGCGAAGUAGUGAGGACGUCGACACCCUGCUCCUGCUGGCGAAAAAUAGUGAGCCUUUCGUGCCCGGGGAGAAAAAACACGAGCAGCACCUGCGACGGUUGGCCGAAUCUUUGCACUCCGAGAUCCCUUUUUGUGCCGCCAUCAUUGACUUUGUGGUCGAUUCGCUGGAUGAGAGCCAUUUCGGCAGGUCGGCUCAUUUUGUUUUCUUUUUCGAGGUCCUUCUCGGAAAAGUGCUGGAGAAAAUCCUCAGGGACAGAGUCCACGCUGUCUUUGACUGCUCCAGCUGCACCGUGUAUCUGCAUCGUCUGCAUGAGCAGCUCUGGGGGCACGCUUCACAAGAACCAUCCUUCACUGAAGCGCAGGUGGCAAGGGGACUGAUGAAGACCAUUCCAGCAUUCCUUCAGUUGAUCUUUGGAAGAGAGACGGUCUGUGAGGUGUCUAAGCUGCUUGCCAAAUCCAUCCAGAUGCGUGCCAUCAACAAGUGCUUAGUUUUCCAGUUGAUGGAUGUGUUGGUAGAUUUUUUGGUGUCCCCAGAUGAAUGUGAUACCGAUCUCGAGAGCGAAGGCUAGAUUGUUGCUGUUUACCUUCAAAUUUGCCAAAGUUUGAGCUGAUGAAUGAGCUGAUGGAUAUGUUGGUAGAUUUUUGGUGUCCCCAGAUGAAUGUGAUACCGAUCCCGAAAAUGAAGGCUAGAUUGUUGAUGUUUACCUUCGAAUUUGCCAAUUUCUUUUACAAGACUAUAGUAUUUAUUUUCCGAUGUGAACUGUAGAAUGAUGUACCUCGUGAUGUGUAUUGUUUAGCAUGGAUGUGUAGCUCAUAAUAAACUUGUUUCAUGAGGUUAAA